CUAUGCCUACGAUCCCCAAAGAAGUUAUUCCCUUGAUCGGAAGCACGGCUAUAAUUAAUAUCACUCAGAAUGGUGUGACGAUACCUGUUGAUUGCAUGGCUCCUCUUAAAGUUGAAACCGUUCAUAAUAAUCGAGAAAUUUCUGAGGCCUUAAGGGCUCUACCUGCUCCCAGUAAACUUCUACCUUCGGGGAAAUUUUGGAUCAUUGAAGACUAUAAUACACAGAAGAAGACUCAGCAGAGACCUUUGAAUUACUAUCGUUACUCAGCUAAAUCAGCUGAGCAACUUGAUAAAGAAAUUGAGUAUGACGUCGAUGACGAGGACCUUGCUUGGCUUGCUGAAGUUAAUGUUCAGAGAGAGCGGGAGGGAUUGGGAAAAGUCACUCCACAAAUGUUUGAAUAUGCGAUAGAUCGUUUGGAAAAAGAAUCUUUUUUUUUGAGCCACGCUCAAGGAAUUCAUGGCUCCUUGCCGGUUGACGAAAAUGCUGUUUGUUGCAUUUGCCGGGAUGGCGAGUGUGAAAACACCAACGCGAUUUUAUUUUGUGAUGCGUGCAAUAUUCCCGUUCACCAAGAAUGCUACGGCGUGCCUUUCAUUCCUGAAGGCCAAUGGCUGUGCCGACGGUGCCAGUUGUCCCCGUCAACACCAAUCAGCUGCGUUUUGUGCCCUAACAAAGGAGGCGCCUUCAAGCAGACGACGAAAGGAGCCUGGGCGCACGUUGCCUGCGCUCUAUGGAUUCCCGAAGCUCAUUUUGCCAACGACAUUGUGGUCGAGCCCAUCAACAUUGACGAAAUUCCUAAGGCAAGAUUUAAACUUUGUUGCUCCAUUUGCGGGAGGAAAGGCGCGUGCAUCCAGUGCCACAAGCAAACUUGCUACACGGCCUACCACGUGACCUGUGCACAACGCGCGGAUCUUUAUAUGAAGAUUGAAUCUGUUGAAGGAUAA